CAGGGUUCCGACUGCGUUUUAGCCUGUAACCCAUAUUUACCGAGCCCCUCUCUCAACACAGAUAGGACUUAUCGAUCAGUCUCCUAACUUGGACACGUGGAUUUUAAAGAGACCCAUAACGAGGCUUAUGGUUCGAAGAUGGUUUCGGGAGAUCAGAUCAGCGAGUCAGCGUUUAUAUUCGGAACAUUGGCCAUCUCCUCCGCUGCAAAAUAUGCAUUUGGCGCUUACACAAGAUGGCAGAAAUUACAACGUUUUCAGCUGGUGGGGCGUGUUACCGCAUUGAAUCUGUUCCCAGUCAAGUCGUGCGGAGGAAUCUCAGUUCAGCGCGCGCUGUGCAGUCGCCUCGGGUUGAAAGUUCAAGGGGUCACAGACAGACACUGGAUGGUAACGAGGCCGAAUGGCGACUUCCUGUCUCAAAGGCAGGCCCCGAAGAUGUCGUUGCUGAAAGUCAGUAUCCAUGGAGACCAGGUGUUUAUUGACGGACCAGGAGUGCCAACACUGAAAGUACCCAUCAAUCCCCCGGUUGUCCCGUCCCAAGUGAAGACAUGUCGUGUGUGGGAGUGUAGGACGGAGGGGCUGGACUGUGGGCAGGAGGCCGCAGACUGGGUCAGCUCAUUCCUGGGACUGGAGGGACUCCGGCUACUGUUCUCGGCCCCGGGGAUGCACAAGAGGGACGCCAGCGACGAGUUCAAGCCAUGGGGUAAUCCUGCCCUUCUCGGCGACCAGGCGGCCUACAGUGACUUUGGGGCCUAUAUGCUUCUGUCGGAUGAGUCUCUCGGCUUCCUAAAUACCAAGCUCAGCAAGCCAGUGUCCAUGCGGAAUUUCAGACCCAACAUCGUCGUCAGCGCCAAAGAAGCAUUCGAUGAGGACAGCUGGCACGAGAUCAAGAUAGGGGACACAGCCUUCAUGAGAGUGCUGGACCCGUGUACGAGGUGUACCAUGACAACAGUUAACGGAGAAGUGGGAGAGAAAUCCAAAGACGGCGAACCCUUAGCGACUCUUAAACGUGUUCGAUGUUUCCCGGCAUACGGCGAGACUCCUAUUUUCGGUGUUAACUGUGCCGUGGAUGUGGAGGGACAAAUCAACGUGGGCGACCAAGUAUAUGCUUUGAGAAAAUAAAGAUUGGGCCUAAUUCCUGGUUAGGGACAUGUUAUUUUGGCCCAGCGUUGUAAGCAAACGUAGGCUUAACAUUUACGCUGUUUCUUGCUAAAUACUAAGUCACAACCCAUGUUUCUUGCUAAAUACUAAGCAACAACCCAUGUUUGCAGGAAAAGACGACUAUGCUUGUCGUAAGAGGCGACUAACGGGACGGGGUGGUCAGACUCGUUGAUGCAUGUCAUCGUAUCCCAAUUGCGUAGGUCGAUCCUCAUGAUGUGAUCCACUUGAUUGUCUGGCCCAGAGUCGAUUAUUUACAGACCGCCGUCAUAUAGCUAGAAUAUUGCUGAGUGCGGCGUAAAACAACAAACAAACCAAGACCAUAAUGGUCCGUAUCACUGCAUGCUCUUUGCACUACAUUAUUAAACCAGUCAACGAAUCAGUGUGCGUUCUCGGACUCUGUAGAGUAUACAUGCUCAUGAUGUGAUCCACUUGAUUGUCUGGUCCAGACUCGAUUAUUUACAGACCGCCGUCAUAUAGCCAGAAUAUUGCUGAGUGCGGCGUAAAACAACAAACAAACCAAGACCAUAAUGGUCCGUAUCAAUGCAUGCUCUUAGCACUACAUUAUUAAACCAGUCAACGAAUCAGUGUGCGUUCUCAGACUUUGUAGAGUAUACAUGGUCAUGAUGUCAAUCAUUCGAUUGUCUAGUCCAGAUUUGAUUGUUUACAGACCACCGUCAUAUAGCUGGAAUAUUGUUGAGUGCGGCGUUAAACAACAAACAAUCAAACAAACAAACAAACAAAACAAAACUGCCUGCCAAGCGCUUUAGGUUUUGCAUUUACAUUACCAUUCCAUCCAUUCCUGUUGUUUGCCCUCCUUUAUUUAUCGACUUAACUUCAUGUGUUAGACAUAAGAGUGUCUUCCGUCCGUAAUGUAAUAACAACGAAAAAACUGUCAAUGUACAUAUUGCAUGCUAUGAAGCUAAGAAGUUCCAGAUGUGUUACCUCAUAAAUGUAUAUACACCAAUUACUUUAUAACAUGUACUAUAGGCCUGUGGCCUCUCAGUAUUAUGAAUAAACACAUAUUGAUAACAUUCAAUAUAUCCUCAUGAA